AGAAAAUGUGAGUCUUGGCUGCUCCUUUUCCCUUCACAGUUUUGCAAUCGGCAGUGGCGGCAGCGAGCGACUGUUUUCAUUCACAGAUCUCUCUCUCUCUCUCCAUCAUCUCUCCAUCAUGACCAAGAUGAAGCUGACAGGGAAACUCUUUUGCCUGUUGCUGCUCGUCAUCCAUCUCUGCUGCAUCGUGGACACCAAGAAUGUGGGGCGGAGUUAUAAUGACACAGUUGGGAGCCAAAUGAAGACCAGACGGCUAUUUGCAAGACAAAAGACCUCAAGGCCAGCGGAGAAUCCGGCUCAUAAAGACAAGCCUGAGGACGCCGCCCCCGUGCGUCGCUGCAGCCCCCUGCGGGAGACCUGCUCCGCCCACAUGCCGUGCUGCGACCCCUGCUCUUCCUGCCGCUGUCGGUUAUUCAACAUGGUCUGCCACUGCUGGAGGGUGAAUACUUCCUGUUUGAAGGGGAGGAAAACCCCACGGAUGCGUAUCGGCAUCGGCACCAUGUAGUCAUACGGCGCAUAUACUGUAUACUGUACACGCGUGUGCCUGUUUUAAAAGAAAUGUAUAAAAAUGAUAGAAAUUCAUAUACAGUCGUUUUUUGCGGUUAAUCACGUCUGUGAAUUUCUGUCAUGUAGGAUUCCUUAUGUCAAAAAAAAUUCUACACACCAAUAGAGCCCUCUACACAUGAAAUAGCACCCCUAUAGUCACCUUUACACUCAUAUUACCUGAAAUAGUAGUACACAAUGUGUCUUCUGACUGUCUUAUAUAUGUAUUUUACUUCAUUUUGCAUCAAAUAUGUUUUAGUAUGCUUAACUUUGACAAAUAAAUGUUUGACAAAUUUUAAUGUUAUAGUGCAUAUGUUAUAGUUUAUUGUG